AUGCUUCUCUUACUAUCGGACCUAACCUACUACUUCACUAUAUAUUACACUCACAGGUAUAACCUUGAAAGAGAGAGACAUCCGGAUUUCUGGUUUCGUCUGAACUGCAAAAAUUAUGUUGAUAGAACAAGACAAGCGGUGGCCGAUUUUAUUGGGGCAGAGCUGGACAAUAUCGUCAUCGUGGACAAUGCAACCACUGCAAUUAACGCAGUGAUUAAAUCAUAUCCCUUCAAGUCGGGUGAUGCUAUAUUGGACACAACCUUGACCUAUGGUUCAAUACAUAGGUUAUGUGGGGAUUUUACUUCCAGACUUCGAUCAGAUGUUGAGAGGGUAAAAUUGGAACUAUAUUUUCCUCUUGAUGAAGAAACUAUAAUAAAGAAAUAUGAAGAAGUUUUCCAGAAACAUCCAAACAUUAAAGUGGCAGUUAUUGAUCACAUCACUAGUCCCAGUGCUAUUCUAAUGCCCAUCAAAAGACUGACAGAGCUAUGCCAUAAAAAUGGAGCCCUAGCCAUCAUAGAUGGAGCUCAUGCUAUAGGGCAACUCCCACUAAACAUGAAGGAGUUAAAAGCUGAUAUUUAUACAUCAAAUCUUCACAAAUGGGCCUUUGCGCCUAGAGGAGCAGCUUUCUUGUGGUUUGGUAGUGACCAUGCCGACUGGGUACGUCCACCAAACACUUCCUGGGAAAUAGGAAAGUCCCUGGAUCUUCAGUUCAUUGACCAGGGAACUCGAGAUCACGUACCAAGCAUUGCGGCUCUACAUGGGCUUGAGUUUAUCAAAGCCAUUGGUGGCAUGGAAAAAAUAGUGAAAUACACAUCAGAUCUGGCUGAACAAGCAAAAGAAUAUUUUAUCAAAGAGCUUGACCUGAAACCUUUGGCAAUCCCACCAUCUCUUGAGUCACCAAAUCUAAAACUUAUAAAGUUGCCUAAAUUUAAGAAUUACCCAUGCACUGAGGAAGGCUUUACAGCUCUGAUGAAAGCAAUGUUUGCAGGGUCCAAUGUGUUUGGGAUCUUGGUGUUAAUUGACGGGGACAUCUACUUGCGUUAUUCAAUUCAAGUGUACAAUGACUUUGAUGAUGUCAAGGCCAUUGUUGAACUAUUCAGAGAGUUUAUACGAAACAAUAUUUAACUAAAACUUCUUAUGAUUUCUGUUCAGUAUUAGCUGUGAAUGAUG